GUUGGAGCCGUCCUCAGUCCGCCGCCAGACCCUGUUGGUUGAGUUUGCCGUCUCGCUCCUUCAUUGUCUCUACUAUUGCUUGUUUGACCAGUGGAUGUCAGUAAUACGCAUGUUAGCAUCUUGUCUGCGGAAAGCCACAAGAAGAAGUCGAAGUCGAAAUCAAAAUGGCAGCGCGCUACAUUUUGGGGUCCGUCUGGAGGUCUAUGUCACUAUCAAGUGUACAGCGCCUGGUUUUCGCCAACUCAAACAACAUCAUUUUUAAUAGGAUAAUUACAACGCCUAUGUUUUCUGCCUUUGGGAAUGUUCAAAGUCGAGGUUUACGACAAGUCGUGGAGAAGAGAGAAGGUGACACAACUGUUAUGGAGGGUACAAUCCUAGCGACCGCUGAGAGGCCCCAACCUCCCAACCCUGAAGGAGACUGUCCCAUCUGCCAGUGGAACCUUAAUCAUAAAUACAACUACACUGAUGUUCUCCUGCUCAGGCAGUUCAUCCGCUCAGAUGGAGGAAUGCUGCCACGCAGGGUCACGGGACUCUGUGCCGUAGAACACAAGAAAGUUUCCAUCUGUGUCCAGAUGGCCCACCGCGCAGGUCUUCUCCCGGACCACAAGCCCCCCCUCCCAGAUGGUCACACAUCAAAGAGAACCCAACAACCGCUUAACAGGUACCUGACACGCUGGUCCAUCAACACGGUAAAGCCCAUUUUGAAGAAAGGCCUGAAGUGGUGCAAGGUUCGAAUGCCAGUGGGACACCCUGCACUGGAGAACAAUGUAAACUAUGGAAAGAAGCCUUAUUACCUGAAGCACUGAGGGACAGGCUGCCUGUCCUUUCCUGUCCCUCUUGAUCCCGGUUCUGUAAAUAAAACAUUUCCCAUCCAUGACCAUCAA